AUGAGAUCAAGUUUUUCACUGAACUUCACACUGCCAGCCAACAUGACUUCCUCCCCAGUUGUUACAGAUGGGAAAGGAGCAGACUGUGGGCCCUCUCUUGGAUUAGCAGCAGGCAUCCCAUCCCUGGUGGCCACAGCCCUGCUGGUGGCUUUACUAUUUACUCUGAUUCACCGAAGAAGAAGCAGUGAUGAGUCCAUUGAGGAAAGUGAGAAGCCAUGUGAAAUUUCAGAAAUCUAUGACAGUCCCAGGAUAGCUGAGAAUCCUAGGAGGGCACCCACACAUGAGAAGAAUAUUAUGGGAGCAGAAGAAGCUCACAUAUAUGUGAAGACUGUAGCAGGAAGCGAGGAGCCCAUGCGUGACACUUACCGUCCUACCAUAGAAAUGGAGAGAAGAAGGGGAUUGUGGUGGCUUAUGCCUAGACUGAGCUUGGAAUGA